AUGUCCUCUUCCGAAGAGAUUUCCGACACAAGUGGCGAAGAGUAUCUUUCAGACGAUUCAGAAUGCCUUGACUUUGAAGAAAUAGAGAGGGAGGAACGAGUAAACCAAGAACUUCUAUCGGAAAGUUCGACUGCCGACAAAGAAACAGACAGCGAAUUGCAAGCCUAUAUGGACGAGCCUCUUGCUGACGAAGAAUGGAUAAAAAAUUAUAGACAACAACAAAGGGAAAAAAAGAAGCAAGAAGAACUUCUUAAGAAGCGGCUAGCAGACAAAACCAGGACCGGUGAAUGGUAGGGCGCGUGACAGUACAUUUUAUCGAACUUCACACUUUGAACUAAGCUUAUUUGUCGUUCGAAGCCUAAAAACAUUGCCAGGAAAAAACAGUUCUCUUUCUCUAAAAUCCAAAAUGACAUAAGUUUAAUCUAGGCUGUAUUUUUAUGCUUAGGUGUCAAUGCGGAAACUGCAGCCAAGAACUCCUAAAAAAUAUCAGCGAGUGUUAUUGCUGCCAGGAAUUGGAUGGCUGUGUCGAGGCAAUGGCAAGCGACCUCGUACUAGAAGCUCUCCCGGAAGGCCAAAAGAUCUCGUGUAUAACCGACCACCCAGGCUUUAAAACUGUCGUUUUAGAUAAAUGGAGCCUCAGGAUGGCUGUUUCUAGAUUUAAAGGGGCUAUGUCACCCAACACGCAUGCGCGAGCCAAUGAAAACAAACUUGAAAAAGACAGCCCAACUUUUUCAAGUUGUGUCGGAGAUUUUGGAAGGCUGUUUUUAUCUGUCUAAAUCUCAGCCAUCGUUCGAUAGUUAGCGAAGUUUUGUAUUAAGAAUCAUUCUAUGGUGAUUACAGAACAAUUUUUUGGCGUUAUUUUAAAAUUGUUUGCCUGUGGAAUGUUUUUACGUGGAUUUACUGUGUCCUCUUAUCAGCGGCCGUUGUAAUGGCAGAGUUAAUGACGGCUACUCCACAAUGAGUGAUGGAAUCUUUGAUGGAAUCUUCCCUAUAGUUCACAGGACCUUUCUGUUGAGUUAUUUUAGAGGCUGCUGGCUCUUGGAUUUUUCUUGUGCUCAAAGUAUGUGGACAUAUAAUGAAGCGGCUAUCGAGUUGGCGGCGGCCGUUUUUUGUAAACGAUUACAAGAGCAUCAGGCCAUGAGUUUCGUGACGAAACUAAACUCCUGGCGAAGGAAACAUUCUAAAAUUCGGCUAGAUUCCUUCUUGUAUUUAUCUCGAUUCACGGGAAAGAUAAACACGACCGUUUGCUCGUCCAGAUUGUUCUCAACGGACUUAGAGAGGCACCUUAGUACGAGUUAGAUCCUGUAAAUGCCAUGUUUUUGAACUGUUUGUGUUGGAGCAUAAUUUUGGAAAAUAGCAGAGUUUGCUUUCCCUUUUUAUCAACGGACUGCUUAUAGUGGAGUAGUAUACCAAUGAUGCUGGGUUUUUUCUCGACGUCGCAGUGAUUCGGCACGAUCGAACAAUUUUGCGCGAUAAUGUAUGUUUCCCUAAGAUCAAAACAAAGACUUGGUCUCUUGUUCUAUCAGCAUCUAAAUUAUAAAAUCAAUAGCGACAGACAAGUCUAAUUGUUAAUGAUUUGAAACAGUCUUGGUCUUUAUCUUCGGUCUAGCGUCUUUUGUAGCUCGUUUGUAAAAUACAACUUCCAUUUAUUUUGUUGAAUAAGACAAUAUGUUGUUGUUGAAUUUUUGUUUGCGCUCUAUUUUAUGAAUGGCAUGCGUUUUUACUUCAAAACUACAAGUAAAAUUGUCGUCGCAAUUUUAUUCUUGAUCUAGCAUAACCAGAGAAGAAAGGUUCCAUAAAUUCUAUCGAAAUAUCCCUUAUCUAAACCCAUUUCGCUAAACCUCUCUAAAUUCGGAACCUUGGACGUGACAGAUAACAUGAAGAAAGUCACGCGUUAAAAACAAUAGAAUUUUGACAGUUGAAAGUAACUUGCAUAACCUCACAACGCACAUGGAGAAAGUCACGCGUUAAAAACAAUAGAAUUUUGACAGUUGAAAGUAAUUUGCAUAACCUCAGAGCGCAUGCUCUCCAGCUGACAUAGCCCCUUUAACACUAAAGAGAAAAAAACUUACAAACAGACAGGAUCAGGAGAAAAGUAAUACUCAUUUACGUAUGCGGCUGAAUCGAUGUUCGGUCAAUAAGCUUGCCUCUCACGGGCUUUUUAAUACAACUCAGCCGGUUUCUAAAACUUCUACACCGCUCAGGCGAAUUUCGUCUAAAGGCCCUUUCAAUAUCGAAGACUAACAAAAUGUUUUGCGCCUAGUUUAUGCUCAUUUAUUAGUAGGCUUAUGUAUUCACACAGAGUGGAAAUCCAACGCUUGCCAUUAUGCAUUCUUGUUGAACCUGUCACUCUUCUAUUUUCAGAUUAAUGCGAGCGGUUGCGUAUCGACAGUUUUCACGGCUAGUGUAUGGGUUUCUUGGGAAGAAACGAGUUCCACUACCAGCCUGUGCAUAUACUAUCAUUAGAAGAACCUACCCCCUUCAAGACAAUGAAGAACUGACAGGUUUUGAUCUUGAUGACUAA